AUGGGUUCCUGGAUAUUCAAGUUGUCGCUGCUGCUGCAACUACUGCUUGUUGUUAUUCACCAUGCUGAUUCAGGUUCUGUCAUCAGAUAUCUUCCUGGUUUUGAAGGCCCUCUUCCUUUUGAGCUUGAAACCGGGUACAUUGGUCUAGGUGAGGCAGAUGAAGAUCAAAUGUUCUAUUACUUUAUAAAAUCAGAGAGGAGCCCAGAAGAAGACCCUCUUCUUGUCUGGUUAAGUGGAGGACCUGGCUGCUCUUCUUUCUCUGGCCUUGUUUAUGAGAAUGGACCGCUUGCUUUUAAGGUGGAGACAUACAACGGAAGUAUCCCAUCCUUGGUCUCUACUACAUACUCAUGGACUAAGGUGGCGAAUAUAAUAUAUCUGGACCAGCCUGUUGGGACUGGAUUCUCCUACUCAAGAAAUCAACAUGCUGAAACACCAAGUGACACUGAAGCAGCUAAGCGGGUUAAUGAGUUUAUUCGUAAGUGGCUAGCCAAGCAUCCUGAAUAUUUCUCCAAUCCUUUAUAUGUCGCCGGAAACUCUUAUGCCGGUAUAGUGAUUCCAGCCAUCGUUCACGAAAUCUCAAAUGGAAAUGACCUAAGCUGCGAACCUCAAAUAAAUCUCAAGGGCUACGUGCUUGGAAACCCCUUAACAGACGGUGAACUUGAUGGGAACGCUCGCAUUCCAUUUGCUCAUGGAAUGGGACUCAUCUCUGAUGAGCUAUAUGAUUCCAUGAAGAGAAGCUGUGGAGGAAACUAUUUUAACGUGUUUCCUCUUAACAAAGAAUGCUUGAAACUCGUUCAGGAGUUCAAGCAGUGUGUUUUUAGAGUAAAUGAAGAACUUAUUCUAGAAUCAAACUGUGACCCAAAAUUAUGUUGCGUGUUUCAGACGUAUCGAUAUUCGUUAUCAGAAUACUGGGCUAAUAACGAGAGCGUACGCAGAGCACUUAAAGUGGUGAAGGGGACUACAGGGACAUGGAAACGAUGUGACUAUAAUAUGCGGUGCCCUCAUGACAUUAAAAGCAGCAUACCAUACCAUCUGAAUAACAGCAUCAAAGGCUAUAGAUCUCUCAUCUUCAGCGGCGAUCACGAUAUGGGAAUCCCUUUCGUUUCAACUCGAGCAUGGAUAAAGUCUCUCAACUAUUCCGUUACUGAUAAAUGGAGGCCGUGGAUGAUACUUGAUAAAGUCGCUGGAUACACCACGACUUAUGCUAAUAAAAUGACCUUUGCUACUGUGAAGGGAGGUGGGCACACGUUAGAGUAUAGUCCAAAGGAAAAUUCAAUCAUGUUCAAAAGGUGGAUUAGUGGUCAACCUCUCUAACACACAGUAACAUUAGUCUUGGAGACUGGGACUGGUUAAUGUAUAAACUGGAAGUGU